AUGAACUCCUCUAGUUUCAUGCACUCACCCAAUGAACUGAUGUGUACACACUUUUGCUGUUGGGUGCUUCAUUUCAGCCUGAUAAUCUUGCGCAAGCAUCGUUUACUAGAUUGCGCAUGUGGAACACACAUAAGCGCUCGCGAGGGAAACGUCCUUUGCACCCUAAACAUGCUCCCUACGAGGCUACGCUCGCGGCGGCCACAGCGAACCUCCAGGGACGAUGCAGGACCUGAAGCGAAGGGAAGUACCGCCACUGAGCCUUCUGCAGGAACUCUACCGCUGUCCCCGACCGAGAGAAAGUGGCAGAUACGGAUAGUUUACUUCAUUGGAUUCAUGGAUUUGUUCAGUAUCAGUAUGAUGAUACCUCUCUACCCUCGAGUGGCUAGGAUGCUGGGAGCUAGCCCCUCCCUGGCAGGACUCAUAGGGUCUCUAUAUGGAGUGAUACAGGUCUUCUCCAGUCCUAUUGCGGGUAAACUGAGUGAUGUCUAUGGACGGAAGAGUCUCCUGUGUCUGGCGUAUGUGGUGCCUUCGCUGGGUUACCUCAUCCUUACCCUGGCCAUCUCCUACCGGUCCCUCCCUCUCUUCCUGCUCUCUAAGAUUCCCACCGGCAUUCUAAAGCACGGUCUCUCUCUAGGCAAGGCCUACCUGACCGAUAUAACGGAGGCCAGUGAGCGUCAGGGAGUCAUGGGGCUCUUCAAUGCAUGCAGCAGUCUUGGGUUCAUCUUUGGUCCUCUCAUCAGCGGGUAUCUCGCAGAUCUCGACGAAUCGCUCCAGCUCGCCAUGCUCUGUGGAACUCUUACCUUCUCCCUCAACAUCUUUUUCAUCCUACUCCUAGUAAAACCACUCCCGCCGUCGGUGCUGACAAAAAAAUCCGACGCCGACACAAAUGUCCUCAAAGAGAUGCUGACUCUGAAACAUUUUCUAUCAUCGGUCAAUAUUUUCAGUGGCGUUCACUGGUGGAGGAUGGCAGAUUUGAUAGUUCUGCGGUUCGUGAAUACGUUCUCCGUCAUAAUGUUUCGCAGUAAUCUGACCAUCUUUCUUCAGGAGAGCUUUGCCGUUGAUUACAAAACCCUGGGGAAAAUCAUGUCGUUUAAUGGGAUAACGGGCACGGUUGCUGCCGCCACUUGCGGGUACGUUUCUCGUCUCUACAGGGACCCUGGGAAACAGACAAAUCAUUUUCUCGUUCUUCUCGCCCUCUCGUUGCUGGGGGCAACCUGUGCCCCCAAUCUCCCCUUCCUCGUACUGAUGAUUGUUCCGCUCUCCUUUGCGACGGCUAACCUCCGAAUCUGCUCUCUCAACAUGUUCCUCUCUCGGGUGUCCGAAGAUGAAAAGGGAGAAGUCAUCGGUCUCGGUUACUCCAUAAACUCCGUUUCCAGGAUGCUGAGUCCGAGUUUUGUGGGUGUGGCCCAGGAGUGGAGUCCACAGUUGGCGGGCUACUUUAGCUCCGCCCUCGCCUGCUCUGCCGCUGUUACCAUGGCUACAUGCUCUCUCAAAUCAAAGUCCAUUUCAUCAAGUAAUAGCCCGUUGUGUGAGCUGAACAUGUCAGGUGGAGAAGACUUCUACGUCCGGUACUACGUUGGGCACAAGGGAAAGUUCGGACACGAGUUUCUAGAGUUCGAAUUCCGUCCUGACGGAAAGUUGAGAUACGCCAACAACUCGAACUACAAGAAUGACACCAUGAUCAGGAAGGAGGUGACGGUGAACGCUGUAGUAAUGGAUGAACUACGGAGGGUCAUUGAGAGCUCAGACAUCAUGAACGAGGAUGACAAACUGUGGCCGGUCCCUGACAGAAUAGGCCGACAAGAGCUGGAGAUUGUGAUAGGAGAUGCUCACAUUUCAUUCACGACCACCAAGAUUGGCAGUCUUCUGGACUGCAAGAACUCCAAGGACGAGGAGGGUCUGAGAGUAUUCUACUACCUUGUACAGGACCUCAAGUGUCUGGUGUUUAGUCUCAUCGGACUCCACUUCAAGAUCAAGCCUAUCUAA